AUGUUAAAAAAUUCUUUGGCUAAUUUUACUCUAUUAUGGAUGCUACUUCAAGUGUUAGUUGAAGUAAAUUGUCAAAUGACGCCCUUUAAGCCAAGUGCACUAAACUGUCAUACUGCUACAUUCAUUGAUAAUAAAUUGUAUAUUAUGAGUGGUUGGUCAACAAACUUAUUUAAAUCAGUAAAAGAAUUUUUUUAUCUUGAUGUUUCAGUUCCGUUUAAUACUCAAGAAUUAUCAUGGCAAGACUUAUCCAAUAUUAAUAUGGUUCCGCCACAUGGUUUUGCAACAUCAGCUAAAGGUGGUGUAAAUAAUGAUACACUAUUUUUAUACGGUGGAGAAACACUUACUAAUCAAGCGAUGGAAUUAGUUUAUACGUUUGACCCACAUCACAUAAUAUGGAAUCCUCAAAAAAUAACUGGAAUUAGUACAAUUAGAAAAUCGAGGAUAACAGGAGUUAUGGGCUAUAAUGGAAAAUUUUAUUUAUGGGGCGGAAUUACCUAUGAAACUAUUCUAAAUGAUAUGCUUAUUUUAGAUACAAUAAGCCUUAAUUGGGAAAAGGGAAGUUUAGUUAAUGCUCCAACUCCGAGAAUUUUUUAUGGAGCUACUUUAUUGCCCAACAAUAAGAUUAUUUAUAUAGGUGGUUUGAAUGUUGAUAUUGGAUUUGAUAAUGUUACUCUGAAUAUUAGUAAAGGAAUUGCUUUAUCAUUAAGUGAGGUUUACUUAUAUGAUAUGAUUAAUGACAACUGGGAUGCAAAAAUAACAACAGGAAAAAUCCCUUCUAAUAGAUGUGGCUUUUCCUCAGUUCUUGGUUUAGAUGGUCAAAGAGUCAUAAUUUAUGGAGGAGCUUUUAAUAAUCCUGGAUAUUUAGACACUGCACUUUAUGUAUUAGAUUUAACUAAUUAUAAUUGGUAUAUUCCGAAAAUUUCCGGAAUAAUCCCAAAACCAAGAGUUUUUCAUCAGGCAAACGUAAUUGGGAAAUACAUGGUUAUAUCAUUUGGAAUUGGUUAUGAUAGAACAGUUGAAAGUGAUAUAUUGGGGGUCUUCACAAAAAACGUGAUUGAGAUUGAGAUUGAGAUUUCAUAUAGAAUUUUCAAUCUUAAUAUUAAUAAUGAAGAAUAUGUAUGGACAACAAAAUUUGAUCCUUCAGUUCCAAAAACAUCACCACCACCUUCAUCAUCACCAUCACCAUUACCAUCACCAUCACCAUCUCCUUCUCCUUCUUUACCAUUACCAUCAUCAUCACAACUAUCCAAUAGUUUAUCAAAUAACUCCAAUAGUAAUCAUAUGGUUGGUGCAAUUGUAGGAUCUUUGAUAAGUGGUAUUUUCUUAUCAGUUGGAGGUUUCUUUUUAUAUAAAUGGAAUAAAAAUAGACAAAAUCAAAAAAUAAUUAAUGAGAAUAAUAAUCAUAACAACGAAGAAAAGGCAAUGCCCACCGAAAGGGAUAUUCAUGAUUAUGAUCAAGCAAUGGGCAAUAACGAGCAAGAAAUUAUUCAAAUGCCUAGAAAUGAAAAUUACGAAUCGAUAAUAAUCCCGGCUAACGAUCAUCAUGGGCAAGAAAUUAUUCUAACACCCAAAAAUGAAAAUACAACCAAUAAUGAACCAAUAAUAGUUCCAGAUACCGAAUAUCAUGAGCAAGAAAUUAUGCAAACGCCUAAAAAUGAAAAUACAACCAAUCAUGAACCAAUAAUUUUGGCUUCAACAGAAGCUAAUAAUUAUAAUAAUUAUGGGCAAAUAAUUUCAACAUCUAGUAAUGAUAGGUUAUCAUCACAAAUUCUUAAAGAUGAAAUUCUUCAGGCUGUUAAACAAGAAAUUGCCCAAACUUUGAAAAAUGAACUUUUUCAAGUUGCUAGGGAUAAUAAUAUUAAUAUUACGAAAAUUAAUGCAAAACAAGAUUAA